GCCGAAGACCCCCUCAAGCCUAAGAUCAGGACUCGGCCCCGGUGCUCCCGCCCGACCGACAUGCACAUCUUACAAGACUCAGCUGUAGAGAGUUCCGUUCCAGCUCCUCAGAUGAAGCUGAAAAGAGCUCGCCUGGCAGAUGAUCUGAAUGAAAAAAUUGCUCUCCGGCCAGGUCCUUUAGAGGUGGUGGAGAAGAAUAUUAUUCCCGUUGAUUCUGCUGUGAAAGAGGCCAUAAAAGGCAGCCACGUGAACUUCUUCAAACCAGCCGACACCUUCGCCUUCGAGGAAGACAGUAGCAACGAUGGACUGUCUCCCGAGCAGGCCCACAGCGACGACUCUUGGGGCUCAGCGGGGUCGCCCCCGGACCCCAAGGCCCCGACCCCGGCGUUGCCGGCCCGGGCGGGGACCCUUCAGGAUGAGCCUCUGGACCGUGAAAAUGGCAAGAAGGAGGGACCGGCCUUGGUGCUCGGCCAGCCAGGAGGCCUGAAGCAGGGUGGCCCGCUGAGCUCCCCGAUCCCUAUGCCCGCAGCGGUGAAGGCCAAGUCCUCUGGUGACGGCAAGCACCGCCACAAGAAGCCCAAGGACGCCAAGCCGAAGGUGAAGAAGCUGAAAUACCACCAGUACAUUCCGCCGGACCAGAAAGCGGAGAAGUCGCCGCCGCCCAUGGACUCCACCUACGCCCGCCUUCUCCAGCAGCAGCAGCUCUUCCUCCAGCUCCAGAUCCUCAGCCAGCAGCGGCAGCAGCCAGCGCAACAUUUUGCCUACACGGGGCUCCCCAAAGCCCAUCUGAAGGAGCCAAGUGAGCCGAUGGGCAGAAAUCCCAGCUUUGUGUCGUCGGCGAGCGCAGUGGGAAGUGCCCCGCUGUCCCCUGGCAAAACCGCUUUUGCUGGGCAGACUGGUCUUUCCGCCGUCAAGCCCAGCCCCUUGCCAGCGAACCUGGAUGACCUGAAGGUGUCCGAGCUCCGCCAGCAUCUCCGGCUCCGCGGCCUGCCCGUGUCGGGCACCAAGACAGCCCUGAUGGAUCGCCUGCGGCCCUUCCAGGACUGUGGCAGGGGCCCCCUGCCCAACUUCGGCAACGUCACCACCAUGACCUUCCCGGUGACCCCCAGCAGCUCCCUGCCUAGCUACCCAGCCCUUCCCAGCAGGGUCCUGUCCAACGGCUUCUACCACUUCGGCAGCACCAGCUCCACACCCCCCAUCUCCCCAGCCUCCUCCGACCUCUCUAUCGGUGGGUCCCUGCCCGACACCUUCAACGACGGGCAGCUGGCGUCCCCCCAGUUCUGCCUGCAGCCCUCCCCGGUCCACGUCUGCGCGGAGGAGAGCCUCCUCUGCAGCCUCAAUGGGGGGAGCGUCCAGUCGGAGCUGGACGGACUGGAGGCGGAGAAGGACAGGAUGCUGGUGGAGAAGCAGAAGGUGAUCAACGAGCUGACCUGGAAACUCCAGCAGGAACAGAGGCAGGUAGAGGAGCUGCGCCUGCAGCUCCAGAAGCAGAAGCGGGGCGGGGGCCCCGACGAGAAGCCGCCCUGCUUCUUCGGGGUGCCCAUUAAGCAGGAAGACGCCGGGGCUAGUUGUCCUUUUGCCUCGAAGCCGGCCCCCGGGGAUGGCCAGGAAGGUGGUGCGGAGACGCUAAGUACUAGCGGCCAGGCCCCGCCACCCCUCCGGCCGGGCGGCCGAUGCCCCGACUCGGCCGGGCAGGGCAGCCUGCUGUCGUCAACGUUCCUCAGCCCGCAGAGCUCUCCCCAACACUCGCCCCUGGGAGCCGUGAAAAGCCCUCACCACAUCAGCCUGCCCCUGUCUCCCGACAGCCACUACCUGCUCUUGCUGCCCACCGCUGCCCGGGGCGAGGGGCGCGGUGGGCCCCCCCAGGCCAGCGGCCAGCUACGCCCGGCUCAGCAGCUAACUCGGAGCCAGCAGAUGGAUGAGCUCCUGGACGUCCUCAUUGAGAGCGGAGAGAUGCCAGCCAACGCCAGGGAUGACCGCUCCUGCCUUCAGAAAGCCGUCCCGUUCUCCGGGCCCGCCCGGCCCCCCGGCCCCCCGCUCCCCAAACCGUCCUCUCCGUUCACCCCCAGCCCGGCCCCGCUGCCUUUCGACCGCUGCUCCCACAGCGGCGACAACCACUUCGAAGUCUUACUGAGCUCCCACAGCCCGCUGGGGAAGGUGGGCGACCUCCCACUCCUCAAAAUCGGGAGCGAGGAGCCCCAGUUCGAAGGGAUGAUGGACUCCUUCCCCGGGAAGGCCACCGCUGAGCUGCUCGACUCCCACGAGAUCCUGCACGCGCCCCUGUCCCCGAUGCAGACCCGGCUCCCGCCCCCGUCCGCCUCCUCGUCGUCCUCCUCCUUGGUGGAGGGCGGGGGGCUGCCCGUCAGCUUCACCGAGUCCCCCUGGGAGACCAUGGAGUGGCUGGACCUCACGCCACCCGGCUCCGCCGCCGGCUUCGGCUCGGUGGCGGCCGCGGGACCCAACCUCUUCAACAUCGACUUCCUGGACGUCACCGAUCUCAGUCUGAACGCCGGCAUCGACCUUCACCUGCGGCAGUGGUGAGGC